UCAUGGUUAGCUUUUACCCAGGUGGAAACUUUUCAGGGAGGGAGAUAAAGAAAAAUAUACAUGUACGUUACUGCUGGUUUUUUUUUAUUUAUUUUUUUUUCCUACACGUUAAACACGCGGAUUAGUAAAACUGGAACAACCGGCCCAAAAGUGUAUACUAGGCAUACAUCGUUAAGCCGUGAAAUAGCAACGGAAGGAAGAAACACAAACGCGACAACAUGAAUUCGACCACCCCAGCAGAUGACGGCCUUGAUGACAAAAGCAGAGCAGCGGUAUUGCUAGGCUUACAAGAAAUAGUGCAGAGGCAAAAGGAGAACGUUAAAGUGAUGGACAUCUGCUUCAACAAGUGCGUCCCCAAAAUAGGGCACCAGCUGAGCUCCGCAGAACAGAAGUGCAUUUGGUGCUGCGCAAGUAGCUAUUUCUACACGAACGUCUUUCUGAACGAGCGGCUGCAACAAAUGACGAAGCUUCUCAAGUCCAGCACCGAUUAUAUGAAUUUGUAG